CAUUCAUUCAUUUAUAGAGUGUAGAGGAAGUGCAGAUUUAAUGCAGCAAAGCAGCUCAGUCGGCUUUUUCUAUUUUGCAGCUGACUAGAGUAGUAGAUUUUGUAAUAAACUGCCUCAUUUACUAGGCAAGUCGGCUCUUCAUUAUUGUUUUAUCGGAAGAAAUUACUACUUUUCUUGUGGGUGGAUUGGAUUGGAUUGGAAACAAGAAUCGUAAUAAUUUUGGAGUUCGUGACGUGACAAAAAGACCGCUCAUCUCCCUUCAUCCGUCCAUCCCCCUCCAAAAUGUGGGUCCUUCCCCCCACCAUCGCCCCCGAAACCCCCAUCCCGUACCGCGUCCACCUCCCCACCCUCACCCAGUUCGUCACCGGUCAAAAUUUCCACUACUUCAAACUCCGCCUUUUCGACAUUGACCGCUUCUUCCAGGGGAAAAAACACACCUGGAAUCACGACUACCCCCCCGGACAAAAAAUCUAUUCGGACACCCCGUCCGCGUGCACGAUCCGGUCGCUCAUUUCCGCGGAACAUUCCAUCCUCUACUCGUCCCGGGAUUUGCGCAUGGGCAACGUCGACGGCUUCUUGGAGCGCACGCCGGCCGCGUUUUUCGCCCUGCUGGAAAAAUAUGCGGAUUCUUCGGCCCCAAUUUUGUCCACGAUGCACGCCGCGAUCAAGUCGAGCUACGAAUUCGUGGCAGAAACCAUUAUCAACCUCUGGACCAUCGGGCCAUCAUUUACACAUAAUAUGUGUACCCCCACCACCCCACCGGUUGACGAAACCUUAAAAAUCUACACCUACGUCUUGAUGGACAGAUCCCUCCGAUUUUCCCGUUGCGGAGCCGGCACUUCCGUCGACAUGAGUUCGAAACAUGCCUUACACGCCGGCGCACUUCCAGAAGUCUGUUACGCCGGCGAAUUUUGGAUAGAACCCGCCCCCGGUGCUAAUGAAUGGGGCAAGGUGAUGUACAUGGACAAUAAUUCGGGCACUUUUGCCCCACCGCGGUGCGACCUUUAUAAAAUGAAGUCCGUCAUGGACGCCAACUUUCCCGGGAUUCCGAUCGUAUUUUUGGACUAUCAGGACCUCGAGUGGAAACGGAGGAGGGGAAAGGAACAAUAAUUACUGCACAAUUAAUUAACGUAGGACAUGACGAUGAUUAUCACCGAAAUUUGUUAAACAUUUCUCGACUCUAGGAAUUUAUUUUAAAAUUCUAAACGACAAAUUACAGCAGAGCCAAAAACUCACCAGCAUAAUGGCGGUGAACUGUAAAUUACUAGUCCAGAAUUGUAAAAUAUGUAAAUUCCCAAAGCCAAGAAAUGAUUAAAAAUGUGUUGAGUUUUUGCGAGUUUGGUAAUAAGUUAUCGAAUCCUCAGUUAAAUACAUAUGUAUGUAUUUUAUACAGCUCACUACCAAGCCGUUUUAAACAAUCAUUAAAAAUAAAAAUAAUCAAGCCAACCCUGUAAUUCGGACGUAGCUCUCUAUAAAUUCAUAGUCAACUUAAAUUCAAUUAAAAUAAUGAUAAAGUCCCGAGGCACGCUAAUUCGAUGUCCAUCCAUAUUUAUUACGUUAAAAUCAAGCCAUGUAAAUCAAUAAACACUUAUUUUUUGGUAAAAAAUGUUCUUUAUUUACAGAAAUGUACUUUCUCCUUGA